GACGUUAGAUAUAGGCGGAUUUAUAAUUGCGAUAUGAACAUAUUUCUUUCUCAUAUGUUUUAUGCAUGGGCUACAUGAAUGCAGUAGACUAACCGUCAUACGAUGUGUCAGAAAUUCACUAUGAACUCAGGCCUUUAACCUGCACACCGAAAUAUGUAUCUCUUGUUAUAAUAAAAUCCUCUUGCUUCCUUUCCCGAGCUUUGUGUUCUUCCUCAUUUCCACUCUUUCGAGUUAGUUGGUUGGUUAGUGUGUUCUUUUUCGUGUUUUACAGGUAGGGGCUGUUUUCCGAACCCCAUCUGCUGGUAUACAAGUGUUGUGGUGUGUUACACCUCAAACGGAUGAUAUGUCACUUAAAAAUGCCUGCUGAAAUAUAGCGGCCCUUUCAAGUUUUUACGUAACUUUUGCGAAAUGUCGAAAGAAGUCCCGAAACUAGAUCCGUUUCGGACAAAGGCAGAACUUAAAGGGAAAAAGCAAAAGCGUUCUCAAGGAUCAUCACACUAUCGGCCAAAGGCACCAACGGAACUAACACGCUUGCCCGCAUUCAAAGAUGUUUCACCUUCAGAACAUCAAGAGCUCUUUAUUAAAAAACUUCAGCAGUGCUGUGUCGUUUUUAAUUUCGAAGACUCUACAUCUGACGUGAGCAGCAAAGAGAUCAAACGCACGUUUUUGAGUGAACUGGUGGAAUAUAUAAGCGUUACUCGAAAUGCAUUAAAUGAAUCUGUUUAUCAACCUAUUGUGUCCAUGAUUGCCUGCAAUAUUUUUCGGCCUUUGCCGCCGUCUGAUAAUCCUGAUUUCGAUCCUGAAGAGGAUGAUCCUAUUCUAGAAGCUGCUUGGCCUCACCUUUCAUAUGUUUACGAGUUCUUCUUACGCUUCUUGGAGUCACCCGAUUUCCAACCUGUUGCAGCGAAGAAAUAUAUUGACCAGAAGUUCGUACUUCAGCUGUUGGAGCUGUUCGACAGCGAAGAUCCCAGGGAACGGGAGCUGCUGAAGACUGUAGUCCAUCGCAUAUAUGGCAAAUUUUUAGGAUUGAGGUCUUUCAUACGCAAACAAAUUAACAACAUAUUCUUGAGGUUCAUUUAUGAAACAGAACAAUUCAACGGCGUUGGAGAAUUGCUUGAGAUCCUUGGCAGUAUAAUCAACGGUUUCGCCCUGCCGCUGAAAUCUGAACACACCCGUUUUCUGGCCAAAGUGCUGAUACCCCUUCAUAAAGCUAAAUCUUUAGUAACUUUUCAUCCGCAGCUUGCUUACUGCAUAGUUCAGUUUCUAGAUAAGGAUGCAACGUUGACAGAGCAGGUUGUGCGUGGAUUGUUGAAAUUUUGGCCAAAAACAUAUUCUCAAAAGGAAGUUAUGUUCUUGGGAGAAAUUGAAGAAAUCCUAGAAGUAAUCGAGCCUUUGCAGUUUCAAGUAAUAAUGGUCCCACUAUUCAAGCAGAUAGCAAAGUCUGUUUCAAGCUCCCAUUUCCAAGUAGCUGAACGAGCACUAAGCUAUUGGAACAAUGAUAACAUAGUAUCCCUUAUUGAAGAAAAUCAUGACACUCUAAUACCUAUAUUGUUCCCUUCAUUUUAUCGUAUUUCACGUGAACACUGGAACCAAACUAUAGUAGCUUUAGUCGGAAAUGUGCUGAAAAUCUUCAUGGAAAUGAAUUCCACAUUGUGCAAUCAGUUGGCUGAAAAACACAAAGUUGAACGUCAAAGGGAACGUAAACGUGAAAAAGAACGCGAAGAACUUUGGAAGAAGUUGGAACAGCUCCGGUUAUCUGGUUCAGGUGAUGCGCCAAUCAAUUCAAAUAUUGAAUCAAAAACGUAUCCUUCUCUUAACAAUAAUUCUUAUACGGUAGUUUCUCAAAAUUCUAGCCAGAUUGGUGUCAACGUCACAAAGCGCUAAAUCCACUGUCUUCCUACCACUCGUUAUACGAAACAUCGAUUGCUUAUACUUUCAGUUCGUAAUUUACACGGUUGGCAAUGAUUCAUUCCGUUUUCAGACACAGACAUUUAACUGUGAGGCGAAUGACGCUUGAUGAUCUGCGUCAUAUAAUUUUAUGGGUAUAAUUCAACUAGUAUGUAUUUAAUUGCAUGUUUGUUCAUUUAUCUUCUGCCUGAGAUCAGACAUUUCUCACACGGAUAUUCACUACUUACUCACCUAAUUUUUAUUUUAUUGCUUUAGUUCAAUGUUAUUUCUCACACCUAUUAUAGGUUUUAAAACAGGUACAUAAUUUGAUAACCAUGAUUUCUUGUUGGCUGGUGUGAUCGAUUGUUCUUUUUUAUCAUGUAAAUGUGCCUAUUGGAGGAUAUUCAGAAAGCAAUAAGUAUUUUAAAUACGACGCAAAUAACUUUCAGCUUACUCCUUUGUUUUUCUGAUACCAUCUUCAAUAAACAUUUGCUUAAGUCAUAUCCUUAAAAACUUUUUAUUAGUAUCUAACUGUAACUUCAUCCUUUUCUGUUUCGUUCUUUCUUGAAAACUUUAAAAACAAAAACUGGAUACGGUUACGAAAUAGACAAGUGGGCUGAGAAGCAUAUCCAACAAAGUGCUAGUCAAUUUUCUUAUAUUUUCUAAAGCAGAUGCAGAAAAUGAGCUGCAGGAUGAUAGGUAUCCAGUCACAUCGUUUCACCUACUCUGUAGGUGGGAUCGUAGUCCAUGAAAAGCUACUAGCAACAGAGAGCUCUUAUAUUUACGCAUCAACAUCGUGGCCUGACUGCCCGUAACUUUAAAUCAGUUUUAGAGGCAAAAAGGGGAAACAAUACGCUUAUAGUAAGCAAGAAGGUUAUUGAGAGAAGUGUUUCGAGAUAUCUUAGGAAAAUCCCCACAGGAAAUUACCAUGUCCAGUUGUUUCAUAAAAUUACUUGCAGAGUAUCUGUCUCAGACAGCUUUCCUAAACAAUUUUUUAGGUAUCAUGGAGUGUUGUCUGUAAGAUCAAUCAGCAGUGAGUUCUCUGGGACAGGUACCUUAUGGUAUUUUAUUAUCUGGCAUACUAAUUCAUUAGACGGGUCAGUCAUUUGUAGUGAGUCUUCCGGAAGAAAGGAAAGCUGUCUUUGGUAACGGUAUAUGUAGUCCUGGAAAAAAAUCCAUCUCUGUUGCAAGCACACAAGAUGUAUUUU